AGUAUUUUAUAAAUUUCAGGUUUAGACAAAAUGGUUUCCCUUCCGAUGUUUGUUAUUUAUCUUGUUGGACUAUUUAGUUAUUGCAAUUGUUACGAGGUAGUAGGAAGAUGUAUCAAAUUUGGAAAAGAUGAGCAAAUGUACACACUUAUUGGAGGAGAUCGUAAAUGCAUAAAAGAAAAUGGUUUCACAUACUGCAGAGAAUGGGCAUGUCAUCAGAAAUGUUCUAGUUUUAAUAAUUGGCCUGGAAUAUGUGAACCGUGCCCAGGAGAUACAUGUGCUGAUGUUGGACAGAUAUUUGACAAAGGUGAUUUCUUUAAAUGUGCUGACAAUGCCAAUAACUGUCAAUGCAGCAGUAACAACCGAGUCAAAUCUACAAGGAAAAACGCCAGUGUUAAAGAGAUGUGUCUUGAUGAUCUUAGAAAGGCUGCUAAGCCAUAAAGGUUGCUAAAAACUCAUGUGGAUUAU